AUGGCUUAUUGUACCUGCUCUGAGAGGGCCAACGAUAGGGCCCACUUCCCCGUCGCUUUAAUUGUUGGGACACCUACCGGGGUCAUUUUCGUCAAAGCAGCUUGUUGCCACGGUACUUUUCCUGGUUUCCUCCGUCCGUAUUCUUCCGCGUCGCCGCUUCCUGCUUAUUCUCGUGCGUCUCGCCGGGUUGCCCGCCGCUCCUCCCUGCUCUUUGUAUUCCACGCCCGCCGCCCGGUUCCAGCGCUCGGUUCGUCCUGCGCGCGCCCGGCGGGGGACCCCGCCGGGUGUCCGCACCGUUGGGUCACCUCGAAUUCAGCGAUCCGUGUUCGCUGCAGGCGUCGCCAGGGGUGUGCGCCGCCGCUUCGUUGUCGCUGCGUCUGGUCGCCGGAGGUCCGCGCCGGUUUUCUGCCGCCAUCGCUCCGUCCUCGCUGCACGCGCCUGGUACGGCUGUGCGCGGCCGCUUCGUCCUCGCUGCGUGUGCCCGCCGGGGGUCGGCGCCGGUUGUCUGCGACGUCCACCCAAUCUGUUUGGGGCUGUCGUUGUGCCUUUGUUUUCCCUCCUCUGCCUUGUUUUGUAUUCGCGGUGUCCGCCUGUUUACACAUUGGCUCCAACUGGGACUCAACCAUAGUUCUUGUCGUUCUCUAUUGUCUUGUUCAGUUCAGAAUGCAGACCAGCUACCUAGGAAAGUUGGAGAAGGGUCGCCCAAAAGGCUUUGUUUGUGUUCGUGUUCUGAGGAAAUGGACAGUUAGAGAAAACAUGGGUCAGAGAACGCCGCUGUACGUUGGCUUGGUCCUAGCAGAUGCAAGGGGAGAUACUAUGUAUGCUGAGAUUCCCCAAGAAAUUAUCCAAACAUUGGAUUCUCUUAUACAGGUGGACAACACUUAUGUGAUUAGUAAAUUCAGAGUAAAUCCUGCAAAGGCAUGUUACAAACCCUUCAGUGCUCAUCUGAUGAUUGAAUUCACAGAGUUUACAUCCAUCAAAUUAGCCGAGAAUCCACCAAAAACAUUUCCAAAAUAUGUAUACGCUCUAACCCCUUUUGACAAAAUUGUGCCUGCACAAGGAGCGGUUCCUAUCUUGACAGAUGUCCUGGGUUAUAUUACAAAAUACACUUCUGCAACAACUAUAACCCCAAAAGGAAAAGAAAGAGCAAGCAUCCUUAGAGAAGUGUUCAUAAAGGAUAUGAGCGACGAUGAGCUCAAAAUAACGCUUUGGGGUGACCAUGCCAUAAACUUCAAUGUCGAUCAUCUGAACACUGCAGAAGAUCCCAAACCAGUUAUAGCUCUCUUUGUUGGUUUCAUACCAAGAAAAUGGCACUCACAUUACGCACAGAAUAAACCGUACCUUAGUGGAAGCAGUGGCUGUGACUACUAUCUAAAUCCAGACAUUCAGGAGGCUUUACCAUUUUAUAAUAGAUUCAGGGGUGAAACGAUGUACAUAGAGCGACCACCUCCAUCUGAAGACAACCUUCGUGCACAGCCAGAGGACACUCCACUAGCACUGAAAACGAUUGCUGAAUUAGAUAGUAUAGACCCAUACGAAUUUCCGGAUGAAGGUUACAAAUGCAUAGUGACAAUCACAAAUAUUCCAGACAAUAUUAGUUGGUGGUACAUGACAUGCAAACCGUGUAAGAAAAGAAUGGAUCCACAGGCUGCUGGUGGAUAUAGGUGUCCAAAAUGUUAUGGCACAAAUGCUUUGCCUAGGUAUUUACUAAACUUCUUUGCAAGGGACGAAACAGCAGAAGCAAGUUUCUUUGCAUACGAUGAGGUGGCUAAGUUAAUGGUUCUCAAAGAUUGUGAUCUAAUUUUAAACCCUUUGAAAUUGGCGUCUGGGUUGCCGCAGCCACUACAGUCCAUUAUUUCCAAGAAAUUCACCUUGUCCAUUAACCUCACGGAGGACUCAUUCAGCAGUAGAUCAAAAAGACAAUACCUGGUGAAGCAUAUCUUGGAAAGAUCAGAUAAGCGUCAUUCUCCACUGUACCUUGCUGGAUCUGCAACCACCACACAGUGUACUACAGUUAUGUGCACUACCUCUACACAUGAACGCACUCCACCACAAAUAACGAACACUCCAAAGGCUCACCAACAAGUUUUUGAGAUUGCUCAGGAUAGCCAAUUAACGCCUGCCCCAGUCAUUGAUCAAGACAAAACACCUACUAAAGAUCAUACCAAUGAAUCAACGGUGCCUCCAACAAAUACCCGGAAAAGGCUAUUUGGAGAACAUAAGCAACCUGAAAAGGAGACUAGAGGUGAUGAAAACUUGGAUGAAGAAACAGUGUCUGAAGACAACCUUGUUGGUCUAACCGAUCCACCACCUGCACCAAAAACAAAAAGGUCCAGAAAUAAGCCCCUGAAGCAGCAGGCGUCUUCUGAUCAGGUCUAAAUGAAGAAAUCAGGACAGGUGAUACGUAUUCACGAUCAGUCGACAACAACCUUUUGUGCAACAUGAUGCCUAUGGUCUUUAAGAGCGUGUUGCUUUAUAUUUACAACACAGGACUCUACCUAGGCUCAGCUAUUCCCACCUAGCAGUUUUAUUUUAGUUUUUACCACGUUCCUUGUAUAUUGGUUCCUCAGAAUGCUGGUAUCUCAACAAAUGUUGCUACUAUGUAGUUAUUUACCUGUCACCAGUGUUUAUCUGGUUAACUAUUUACUCAUCUACAAAAACUACUUGCACUCCUGCUACCAA